GUGUGUGAGAGAGAGAAAGGGAGAGUAGGGCUGCACACUGGACGUCGCGGCUCCAUCACACACACUCCAGCAGUUUGUCCGCGGUUUGUCUCUCCGGAAGUUUAACAUUAGUUUAAUCAGCGUUUAAUUACAGCGGGGUAGAGGCAGUGCGCGCGCGUGCGUGUGUGUGUGUGAGAGAGAAAAGGGUGAGUGUGUGUGUGCGCGCGCUCUCUCUCUCGGUGCCUCCGACUGACCUCAGAUGUGUUUGAACUUCCAGCAUGUCAGGAAGUGAAGAGGAGCAGUUUGGAGGCAGGAGCCUGUUAGAGGAUGAUGGAGCAGAGGAACACACACCUGAGACUCCAAAAUCCAAGAAGAAGAAAAAAGCAAAGAAGAGUAAAGAGAGUAGGAGCAGUAAACGACAGAAAGUACUCAGAGAGGAGGCGAUGGUGAGCUCUCCUGAAGCUCUGGAGGCCCUGCGGCUGGUGGAGGAGGAGGAUGAUGAUGAUGAGGAAGAAGAGCGGGCCGUGCGAUCGGACAGCGAGGGGAGCGACUACGCCCCCAGCAAGAAGAAGAAGAAGAAGUCCAGCUCCGCCUCCAAGGACAGGAAGCGAGCGGAGAAGAGCGGCGAGGGGAAGAACAAGCGCAAGGCUCCGGACCCCGAGGAGGAAGAUGAGGAUGAUGAAGAUGAUGACGCCGGACAGGGCCCGAAGUCGUCGGCGGCGCUCCUGGCGGAGUGGGGGAUGAAGGACAUCGACCACACCUUCACCCAGGACGACUAUCGCACGCUCACCAACUACAAGGCCUUCAGUCAGAUGAUCAGGCCCCUGAUCGCGGCGAGGAAUCCUAAAAUCGCCGUGUCGAAGAUGAUGAUGGUGCUGGGAGCCAAGUGGCGCGAGUUCAGCACCAACAACCCAAUCAGGGGCUCUGCCACCUCAGGGCCCGCCCCUCUCACUGCCGACACCGUGACCACGCCCAGAGGGGUGGAGUCAACUGGGCCUGCGUUGGUUUCCAUAGCAACGACAACCACAACAUCCUCUUCAUCAGCAACAACACCACCACAACCAGCGGCACCUGUACCACCGCUGCGCAAAGCCAAGACCAAAGAGGGCAAAGGUCCAAACGCUCGUAGGAAGACGAAGCCCAAACCUCAGGACAAGAAAUCUAAAGGGAAGAAGGUGGCACCGCUCAAGAUCAAACUGGCCGCGUUCAAGAGGAAACGAUCAUCAAGUGGUGAGGAUGAUGAUGGUGAGAGUGAUUUCGACGGGUUCUCAGUGAGUGAUGGUUCGAGCCGCAGCAGCCGUAUGAAAAACAAGAAGUCAAAGAACCCGAAGAAGAAAAAGAAAGUGAGUGAUGAUGGAGACGGGUACGAGACAGAUCAUCAGGAUUACUGUGAGGUGUGCCAGCAGGGCGGUGAGAUCAUCCUGUGUGACACGUGUCCCAGGGCGUACCACAUGGUGUGUCUCGACCCCGACAUGGAGAAAGCACCCGAGGGCACCUGGAGCUGUCCCCACUGUGAGAAGGAGGGGAUCCAGUGGGAGGCGCGAGAGGAGAGCUCAGAGGGUGAGGAGGAGAAUGAUCGAGGUGUGAGGGAUGAUGGAGGGAUGGAGGAGGAAGAGGAGGAGGAGGACGAUCACCACAUGGAGUACUGUCGUGUGUGUAAGGACGGAGGAGAGCUGCUGUGCUGUGACACCUGUCCAUCAUCUUAUCACCUGCACUGCCUCAACCCCCCGCUCCCGGACGUCCCCAACGGGGAGUGGAUCUGCCCCCGCUGCAGGUGUCCUCCUCUGAAGGGAAAGGUCCAGAAAGUUCUCACAUGGCGCUGGGGCGAGGCCCCACCUCCAAUUCAAGUGCCCCGCCCACCCGAUCUCCCACCCGACGCCCCCGAUCCACCUCCUUUGAUUGGUCGAAAGGAGAGGGAGUUUUUCGUAAAGUGGUGCAACAUGUCCUACUGGCACGCCUCAUGGGUCCAGGAACUACAGUUGGAGCUGAACUGUCAGGUGAUGUUCCGGAACUUUCAGCGUAAGACGGACAUGGAGGAGCCGCCGAGUGUGGAGGCGUCCGAGUGUGACGACACCAAGAGUCUGAGGAGGAAGAGUAAAGACCCGCUGUACGCCCGCAUGGACGACCAGUACCACCGCUACGGGGUCAAGAUGGAGUGGCUGCUGAUACAGCGCAUCCUCAACCACAGUGUGGAUAAGAAGAGUAAUGUUCAUUAUCUGAUUAAAUGGAGAGAUCUGCCGUAUGAUCAGUCGUCAUGGGAGAGUGAGGACAUGGACAUCCCUGAUUACGACACCUACAAACAGCACUACUGGAACCACAGAGAGAUGAUGAUUGGUGAUGAAGGCCGACCAGGAAAAAAGCUGAAGAAGGUGAAAUUGCGAAAGAUAGAAAAGCCUCCUGUAAACCCUGUGGUGGAUCCGACGGUGAAGUUUGACAGACAGCCGGAGUACCUGGACGUGACGGGGGGGACGUUACACCCGUACCAGCUGGAGGGUCUGAACUGGCUGCGGUUCUCCUGGUCUCAGGGAACCGACACCAUCCUGGCGGACGAGAUGGGCCUCGGCAAGACCGUGCAGACCGCCGUCUUCCUCUACUCGCUCUUCAAGGAGGGUCACUCUAAAGGCCCGUUCCUGGUGAGCGCUCCUCUCUCCACCAUCAUUAACUGGGAGCGUGAGUUUGAGAUGUGGGCGCCCGACAUGUACGUGGUCACCUACGUGGGCGAUAAGGACAGUCGCGCCGUGAUCCGCGAGAACGAGUUCAGCUUCGAAAACCACGCCAUCCGCGGCGGGAAGAAGGCCUCCAGGAUGAAGAAGGAGGCGGCGGUGAAGUUUCACGUGUUGUUGACGUCGUACGAGUUGAUCACGAUCGAUCAGGCCGUGCUGGGGUCGAUAGACUGGGCGUGUCUCGUAGUGGAUGAAGCUCAUCGCCUGAAAAACAACCAGUCCAAGUUUUUCCGGGUGUUGAAUAAUUACCCUCUGCAGCACAAGCUGUUGUUAACGGGGACGCCUCUGCAGAACAACCUGGAGGAGCUCUUCCACCUGCUCAACUUCCUCACACCCGAGAGGUUCAAUAAUCUGGAGGGCUUCCUGGAGGAGUUUGCAGACAUCGCUAAGGAGGAUCAGAUUAAGAAGCUGCACGACAUGCUGGGGCCGCACAUGCUGAGGCGUCUCAAAGCCGACGUCUUCAAACACAUGCCGUCUAAAACCGAACUGAUCGUCCGGGUCGAGCUCAGCACCAUGCAGAAAAAGUACUACAAGUACAUUCUCACACGCAACUUUGAGGCUCUAAACACACGUGGCGGUGGGAAUCAGGUGUCUCUCCUCAACGUGGUCAUGGACCUGAAGAAGUGCUGCAACCACCCCUACCUGUUCCCCACUGCCUCCAUGGAAGCUCCUAAAAUGCCCAAUGGGAUGUAUGAGGGCGGGGCUCUUACAAAGUCUUCUGGGAAACUGAUGCUGCUUUGUAAGAUGCUGAGGAAGCUGAAGGAGGGGGGACACAGGGUGCUUAUCUUCUCACAGAUGACGAAGAUGCUGGACCUCCUGGAGGACUUCCUGGAGAACGAGGGCUAUAAAUAUGAACGGAUUGACGGAGGAGUGACUGGGGUGAUGAGACAGGAGGCCAUCGACAGGUUCAACGCUCCUGGAGCUCCUCAGUUUGUGUUCCUGCUCUCUACACGAGCGGGGGGGUUGGGCAUCAAUCUGGCAACCGCAGACACCGUCAUCAUCUACGACUCUGACUGGAACCCACACAAUGACAUCCAGGCGUUCAGCAGGGCUCACCGUAUCGGACAGAACAGGAAGGUGAUGAUCUAUCGCUUCGUCACCAAGGCGUCUGUGGAGGAGCGGAUCACUCAGGUAGCGAAGAAGAAGAUGAUGCUGACCCACUUGGUGGUGCGACCCGGUCUGGGCUCCAAGGCGGGCUCGAUGUCCAAACAGGAACUGGACGACAUUUUGAAAUUCGGCACCGAGGAGCUGUUUAAAGACGACCCUGGAGAAGGUGAUAAUAAGGAGGAGGACAGCAGUGUGAUUCACUACGACGAUAAAGCCAUCGCGAAACUGCUGGACCGGAACCAGGACGCCACCGACGACACGGAGCUGCAGAGCAUGAACGAGUACCUGAGCUCCUUUAAAGUGGCCCAGUAUGUGGUUAAAGACGAGGAGGACGAGGAGGAGGAGGUGGACAGGGAGAUCAUCAAGCAGGAGGAGAGCGUGGAUCCAGAUUACUGGGAGAAGUUACUGCGACAUCACUACGAGCAGCAGCAGGAGGUGUUGGCCAGCCACCUGGGGAAGGGGAAGAGACCGCGCAAACCCGUCAACUACAACGACUGCUCUCAGGAGGAGCGGGCAGAUUGGCCUGAUGAUCAUUCAGACAACCAAUCAGAUUACUCCGUGGCCUCGGAGGAGGGAGACGAGGACUUUGACGAGCGCUCUGAAGUGAAUAACCGCAGGCCGAGUCGUAAAGGUCUCAGGAACGAUAAAGAGAAGCCGCUGCCCCCCCUGUUGGCCAGAGUGGGAGGGAACAUCGAGGUUUUGGGCUUUAACUCGCGUCAGAGGAAGGCGUUCCUGAAUGCCGUGAUGCGUUAUGGGAUGCCUCCACAGGACGCCUUCACCACACAGUGGCUCGUUCGAGACCUGCGGGGCAAAUCUGAGAAAGAGUUCAAGGCGUAUGUCUCACUCUUCAUGCGUCACCUGUGUGAACCGGGCGCUGACGGUGCAGAGACUUUUGCUGAUGGAGUUCCUCGAGAAGGGUUGUCAAGGCAACAUGUUCUUACACGCAUUGGUGUGAUGUCACUGAUCAGAAAGAAGGUUCAGGAGUUUGAACAUGUGAACGGUCAGUGGUCGAUGCCGUGGAUGAAGGAGAUUGAGGAGAAUAAAAGAGCAGCAGCUGUUGCUGUGGGAGACGACCCCAAAACACCCUCGACUGGAACACCUGGAGACACUCAACCCAACACACCUGCUCCAGAAGAGCUGUCGCGGGGGGAGGAGUCGGAGCGAGAGAUGGAGGACAAGAUAGAGGGAGACGGAGAGAAAGACAGAAGUGCACGAGUACAAGAUGAUGAGGUGAUUGAGAUCCCUGAUGAUGGAGAGACCCCCCCGAGUCUGGAGAAGACCGCGGUGGGACAGGAGAUGGAGGGAGACGGGACGUCGUCCUCUGUGGAGAAGGAUGGAGGGAUGAAGGAUGCAGUUGGAGAAAAAGAAAAGGGAGGAGAAACUGAGGAGAUCUCUAAAGGUUCUCCAAAAAGUGAAGAGGUCAAGGGGGAAAGGUCAGAGGUCACCAGCGUAGAUUCUUCUCAGCCCAAAGGUCAGAAGUGUCAUGAGGAGAAGAGUGAGAAAACUGACAGCAACCUAAACGGAGGGGAGAAGAAAGAGGUGAAGGAGGAGAAGGAUGGUGUAAAAGCCGAGGAGUCUCGGAUGAAUGGAGAGGACGGAGGAGCGGACAGUGAGGACAAAAAGAGACACGUUAAACAAAGGUUCAUGUUCAACAUCGCUGAUGGAGGAUUCACAGAGCUCCACUCCCUGUGGCAGAAUGAGGAGAGAGCCGCCACCGUGACUAAGAAGACGUACGACAUCUGGCACCGUCGCCAUGACUACUGGCUCCUGGCCGGGAUCAUACAACAUGGUUACGCUCGCUGGCAGGACGUCCAGAACGACCCGCGCUUCUCCAUCCUCAACCAGCCCUUUAAAGGGGAGAUGAGCCGAGGGAACUUCCUCGAGAUCAAGAACAAGUUCCUCGCUCGCAGGUUCAAGUUGCUGGAGCAGGCCCUGGUGAUUGAGGAGCAGCUGCGCAGAGCCGCGUACCUGAACAUGAGCGAGGACCCGUCUCACCCCUCCAUGGCCCUGAACACACGCUUCAGUGAGGUGGAGUGUUUAGCCGAGUCGCAUCAACACCUGAGCAAAGAGAGCAUGAUGGGAAAUAAACCUGCCAACGCCGUGCUGCACAAAGUGCUGAAGCAGUUGGAGGAGUUACUCAGUGAUAUGAAGGCUGAUGUCACUCGUCUUCCCGCGACCAUCGCUCGGAUCCCGCCGGUUGCCGUGCGUCUGCAGAUGUCUGAGCGCAGCAUCCUGAGCCGUCUGGCCAGUCGGGGGUCGGAGGUCACCCAGACUCGGGCACCCCGCUGACCAGUCCCCCCGCCCCCCCUCCCUCAAGAGUAACCUUUUGACCCCCGAGUGAACUUCCCUAAUCUAGGAUGUGUCCUAAUCCAGCUUCGCUUCACUAGCUCACACCCUUAGUGCUGGACCAGGUGACACAGACACGACACCUCAUCCACGUUAGCGAGUGACCAUGUGACCUUUGACCCUUUCUCUAGAUUAGGCUGUGUUUCAAUCUGAAUAAUAUAGAAGGAGACGGGAGCGAUCCUGUGACCCCCUGAUACUCGAACUUAUCCGGCUGUGUUCCAUUCUGAUUUAGGCUUAAAAUCACGCAGAGCAGGUGACAGGAUGACAUCAUCGGAGAGAGAGAGAGAGAGAGAAAGAGAGAGAGACGGGCUUCCGGCUGCGUCCCAAACCGAGUGAGACCGCUCAGAAUGACGUCAUCGACAUCAGACCAAUCAGAUUGAGGUUUUCUAAUUUCUAUGCAAAUGAGCAGGGGCGUGGCUAUAGAGCAGCAGUUGCAGUCUCGUCUGUGUGUAAAUUCUGAGAAACGGUGCGCGUUUGUCACGUCAAGACUUCGUCUUUUAUUUCUCAAUAAAAUAUAAGCUCUUCCUUUCCUUUGAUCUUUAACUUCCUGUGAUGUAGAGCGUUAUGUUAGUGAAGAACCUCAGCAGCAGGGCAUUGUGGGUAACAUAGGAAACUCGUAAUUCCAGUGAAAAGUCCAGAGUUUGGUUAUUAAACAGGUCGACUGAACCCUGCUCAUGAAUAUUAAAUAUUAUGUAAAUGAGCUCCAGAUGAUUGGUGUGACGUCAGACGUCUCUUCACUUCCUGUCUGAGGCCGACACCCACCUUCGGCUUUGGUUCAGUGCGCACCUUCGGUGUGUGUGUGUGUGUGUGUGUGUGUGUGUGUGUGGGUGGUUUGGGACGCAGCCGUGCUUGGCCGUCAUGGAGCUGUGUUGUACCUGCUCCACCUGUUGCGCACUCCCUCUCACCCCUCAGGUAGUGUGUGUGUGUGUGUAUGUGUAUGUGUGUGUGUGUGUGUGUGUGUGUGUGUGUGGCGUUUCUUCACACUGGUUAGUGCACUGAGAGUCCUCACAUAGAGACUGGAACACACUCGCUGUUGUCGUCAUCGUUGUUGUUUAUUCCUCACACACACACACACACACACUCUGUUCCCAUGCCUUCCUGUCACUGAAUGAUGAUGUCACUCAGAAAGCUCCGCCCUCUUCGGAUGAGUUCACUUUGUAAUUACGGUUGUUUCCCUGUCGUCGUUUAUACGCAUUAAUAUUCUUCUUUUUUCUGAGACCUGCAAUAAAAAUCGUUAACAAGA